AUGGCGCCUCUGAGGAUGAAGCCAACUCAGGAGGCCAAGGUUCAAGCUCAGGGGGGCCUGCCGCAGGCACCUGCUCUCCAGUUCCCUGCCCUCUUCCUCCUGCCAGCACCACCGUCCGAGGGCUCACAGACGGUGUCUGUUCAGCACAGCCGGCGGCGACUUCUGGCUCCUCCGCCUGCCCCACCCCACCCCACCCCACCUCACCCCAAGCAGAAGGCCGGGCUGGGCUACACCCUCCCACGUGGAGACUACAUUCUCAAGAAGUGUCUCUUCCAGGCCCUGAUCCUGGAGGGCGUCAGGAUCGGCCCCGACGUUGACCCGGCGCCCCCGCUGCGCGGCCGUCUGCUGCUGAUGGACAACGUGGAUGCUGAGAAGGAGGUGCCAGGGGGAGGCUGGAUCGCAGUGGCCUAUGUGGGCAAGGAGCAGGCGGCCCAGUUCCCGCAGGAGAGUCCGAGCGGCGGCCCGCGGGCCUAUCCCAAGGCGCUGGUCCAGCAGAUGCGGAGGGCGCUCUUGCUGGGGUCUCGGCCUGGCUCUUCUCAUCUGUACAACAACUCGUCCGAAAGGGGGUGGCUCACCUCCCAAGAGCCCUCCUUCGAGCUCCUCUUGGCUUCCCCUCCCAGGAGGACCCAGGCCACAGCUGAGAUCACGAGUGGAGCGUCCCUGUCGGCCAACAUCGAGUGGAAGCUGACCCUGUGGACCACCUGCGGCCUCUCCAAGGAUGGCUACGGAGGAUGGCAGGACCUGGUGUGCCUGGGAGGUAGCCGGGCCCAGGAGCAGAAGCCCCUGCAGCAGCUGUGGAACGCCAUCCUGCUGGUGGCCAUGCUCCUGUGCACAGGCCUCGUGGUGCAGGCCCAGCGGCAGGCGUCCCGGCACAGCCAGCAGGAGCCCGGAGGCCAGGUGGACCUGCUCAAGCGCCGCGUGGUGCGCAGGCUGGCGUCCCUCAAGACGCGGCGCUGCAGGCUGGGCAGGGCGGCGCAGGGCCCCCCGGAGCCGGGCGCGGGCGCGGAGACCUGCGCCGUGUGCUUGGACUAUUUCUGCAACAAGCAGUGGCUCCGGGUGCUGCCCUGUAAGCAUGAGUUUCACCGGGACUGCGUGGACCCCUGGCUGAUGCUCCAGCAGACCUGCCCGCUGUGCAAGUUCAACGUCCUGGGGAACCGCUACUCAGAGGAUUAGCUGCCCCAGCUGGCACUCUGCACAGGGAGAUGGGACCCCCCUCCAACCUGCACUCUGGCCCUCGGCCUGGGCAGGACAGGAAACCCUAAGGGUGGGAGGAAAGAUGGUGCCUUCCCUGCUGAGCAAGGCACCCCCCCACAUCCACCGCCCCCAGGCCGAGGGUGCCGGGCCCAGACCUGCUGGCGAGUGAGGGAGAGGCCUCUUUGGGGCCUUUGUGUACAGUCCUGGGGUGUCUGUCUUCUUGCAGGCAGCCCCCGGGCCUGGGGAGAGGUGAGGGCGGUGGGAGCUCUGCCUGCCCGUCAGGACACCCCGGGGCCAAGGCUGCAGGGGCCACUUUUGUGCUUAUUUAUUGGGGGGUGGGUCGGGGAGCAGCUGUCUGGCCUCGGGGGCACCCUGGCCAGACCAUCUUUCAGGACACAUCUUGGUCAAGGCUGGAUGUGAAACCCAGGGGCCUCCUGCCCGCGGGCCUUGGGCACUGGGAGCCAAGGGCUCCCGGCCGUCCAGCGGGGCCCCUCCUGCCUGGGGAGACCAGAGACCGCAGAAACCGUCCAGUUCUGUGCUGCUCGGUGGGGCGACGGUCACUGCCCAGGACACUUGAAGCCCCGGAUAAAUGUGGUGCAUCUUCCAGGGGCGUCCGUUUUUUAGAAGACUUGGGGUAGGGGAGGUGGUUUACUAUUAAAAUAAACAAGGAUAUAUUUUAACGUAAGAAA